AUGAGGAUGACUGAAGCUGGUCCCGUGCAGGCUCUGGUCAAACAGUUGAUCAAAACUAUAAAAAAGCCAACCAAACAAGAACCGACUCAGUCUAUGACACCCGCCAACAGACCCAACAGAAAAAGAAGACUACCGACACCUGUGGUCACACCCACUCCCAGACGACCCAAGAAACCCGAGACACCACUCUCAGGCUUCAAUCCAUUGAACACUUUUGACGAAGACGACGACGAACCACCUGAGAAAUUUAUAGAAAGAAGUUAUCAAAGGUUGUUUCCAGAUAAACAAUGAGGCUCUCCAUCCACGUCUGUUAAAAGCAAGGUCACACAACAAGCAAAGACAGCCUUGAAGGGAAAGGGUAAACAGGCAGUCACCAAAAAAGGAAAACAGUUAUUGGGACGGUGGUUAGAGUACAAGUAAGAUGCCUCGAACCACACGCAAGUUGAGACGUGAUUCGUUGAGACGACAGAGAGGUGGUCGAUUGGACGUGCAAAAGGCUUUGUCCAAAACAGGCAUCGAGUUCCAUUGGCCAGGGUACCAGUACAUGGGCCCAGGCACCAAGCUUGAGAAACGACUGGCCCGCGGAGAUCCAGGCAUCAAUCGAUUGGACAGGAUAGCCAAACAGCAUGACAUUGACUACAGCAAAGCCAAGUCACUCAGGGACAAGUGGAAAGCCGAUAAAAAGAUGAUCGCCAAGAUCAAUCGUUUGCCGGGGCGAAAAACCAAGACUGAAAAAAUUGUCAAAGGCAUCAUGCAAACCAAACUAAAGCUAAAAGUGUAA